CAAAAUCAAAAUCAAAAAAUAUUUAUUCAGUUUAGACCACAAGUGGCACUUAUGAACGUCAAUAGAAAAUAAUAAAAAAAGAAAAGGUAGCCCUUAUGGGGCACUUUACAUGUCUCCUUAUCUUUUGGGCCCUACCAGCGCUUCGAGACAAACAUAUGGCAAGUGCUGAGAAGAAACGCCGGAACAAACUCAGUCACCACUUAUUGCCAGGAAUUAUCUAACGUACACCUGAAUGAUUCUACGAACAAAGCACAAUGUCUCACGGACACGACGAGGGCCCUGUCUACUACAGGGAGAUACAGAAAAAUGCGUACCUCAAACGGAUACCCAACGAGAGUGGCGGAAGCAAACUCAGGCCUCUGGGGCACAAGAAACCACCCCUAAAGCCAAUGUGGACGUUAUUCUGCGUCCACAACGGUCGUUCACCGUACCUCGAGCAAUAUCCACUAGCGGAGAGCCCUGCUACACUAUCACAUAAGCCGGUGUGGAGGGCGUGUCUAAGGACUGCUAGACAUGUGACGGCUAGUGUCAAACCGCACUCGGGCUUGGAGUAUGACUUCUUGAUUGAUACCGACCAUGGACCUGUGAGGAUGAUUGCGCCGGACUGGGAGUCGAUGCAAGACUGGGUGACCACUCUCCGCAACAAGCUGCACGAGCUCCGUAUCCUCUCUAAGGGCGAGAAUGUGUACUGCGCCGCUCCCGCCGCCCCCGCCCCCCGCGCGGCAGCCAGAGAUCCCACGUCACCGUUGCCGCCUACACCGCCCGUGCCGCCUGAUAGGUAAGUAGCCCAUAACAAC